AUGGGGUCUUCGACGGCAUUGACGACCAAGGUGACUGAGGGAACUCCUUACCAGCUCGACAAGAGCCAGACGACGCAGGUGGAGAAGGAGAAGUCUGCGACCAAGAAGACGCUGAUCGGCGACAACGACGAGGACUCGGAUGGCGAGGAGGACACGCCGCUCAACAACGAGGCCGUGUGGCUCGUUCUCACGACCAAGAAGCACGUCGUGGACAAGAACCGCCUGAAGCCCGGCAAAAUCCUCAUCCCGCACUCGCUGAACGCCUCGCCCUCGCUCAGCAUUUGCCUGAUCACCGCGGAUCCGCAGCGCGCGGCCAAGAACACCGUCGCCGACCCUGCCUUCCCGGAGGGCCUGCGCUCGCGCAUCGACCGGGUCAUUGGAUACACCAAGCUGCAGGCCCGCUACAAGAGCUUCGAGAGCCGCCGGAAGCUGCUCCAAGAGCACGAUGUCUUCCUGGCCGAUGACCGCAUCGUCAUGCGUCUGGUCCAGACCCUCGGCAAGAUCUUCUACAAGUCCAGCAAGCGGCCCAUCCCCGUUCGCAUCGCCAACAUCGAGAAGGAGGACGGCAAGAAGGUCAAGAAGAACGCCCGGGCUAAGAAGGUCGAGGACGGCGCCAAUUCCCUCGCCUCCCCGGCCAUCGUCGCCAAGGAGAUUGAGAAGGCGCUGCACUGCGCCCCCGUGCAGCUGGCCCCGGCCACCACGGCCGCCAUCCGGGUCGGCUCGUCCAAGUUCACCGCUGAGCAGCUGGCGGAGAACGUCGACGCAGUGGUCAAGGGCAUGACGGAGAAGUUCGUGACGAAGGGAUGGCGCAACAUCAAGGCGCUGCACAUCAAGGGCGCCAACACCAUGGCUAUGCCCAUCUGGUUGGCCAGCGAGCUUUGGGUUGACGAGGGUGAUGUUCUCGAGGAGGGUGCUGAGGAGGCGACCAAGGCCGUUGCGGGCAAGAAGCGCAAGCAGAUCAGCGCAGGCGACGAGGAGAAGCAGAUCGAGGCCCCCAAGAAGACCAAGAAGGCCAAGGCCGCCGAGGACGACGAGGACGCCUUGACGCUGGCCGCAAGGAAAGAGAAGCUGCAGAAGCAGAAGGCCAAGGCGCUGGAAGACGGAGCGGCGCCCACGAAAGCCGAGGCCGCAAGACACUCGGUGCUCCGCGCCGCGCGCGCCCAGAUCCUCCCCUCCCGCACAGCCAUCACCACCUCGGCACUCGCCCGCCUGCUCUCCACCCUGGCCGUGCUCGAACAGCGCGACGGCAAGCUCCAGGCCUCGUCGCUGUCCGCCAUCGCCGCGGCCCAGAAACUCGGCGGGCCCAUCACAGCCUUCGUGGCCGGCGCCAACGUGAAGGCGACCUCGGCAGCCGAGGCCGCUCAGAUCAAGGGCCUGGACAAGGUCGUGGCCGUGGAUAACGAGGCCUACGAGAAGGGCCUCCCCGAGAACUACGCCCCUCUUCUGGUCGAGAACAUCCAGAAAGGCGAAUACACACACGUGGUCGCGGGCCACUCUGCGUUUGGCAAGAGUCUGCUGCCGCGGGUUGCUGCGCUGUUGGAUGUGCAGCAAGUGUCGGAUAUCACGGGGAUUGAAAGCGAGGAUACCUUCAUCCGCCCCAUCUACGCCGGCAACGCAAUCCUAACCGUACAAUCCACGGACCCAAUCAAGAUCCUCACGGUGAGAGGCACCUCGUUCCAAGGCGUGGAAACCACGGGCGGCAGCGCAUCCGUAACCGAAGGCAGCGACCCGAAGACACCGGCACAAACGGAAUGGGUCUCGGAGGAGCUGGCGAAGUCGGAGCGGCCGGACCUGGCGACGGCGACGCGGGUGGUGUCGGGCGGACGGGGCCUGAAGUCGAAGGAGGAGUUCGACCGCGUGAUCGUGCCGCUGGCCGACACGCUGGGCGCCGCCAUCGGGGCCUCGCGCGCUGCCGUCGACAGCGGCUUCGCCGAUAACAGUCUGCAGGUCGGCCAGACGGGCAAGAACGUUGCUCCCCAGCUGUACCUGUGCGCCGGUAUCUCCGGGGCUAUUCAGCAUUUGGCUGGUAUGAAGGAUAGUAAGGUCAUCGCGGCGAUCAAUAAGGAUGCCGAUGCGCCGAUCUUCCAGGUUGCGGAUGUUGGGCUCAUCGGGGAUCUGUUUGAGAAGGUGCCGGAGUUGACGGAGAAGUUGAAGGGGCAGGUUUAG